UGACUCUCCGGGCUCUGGGAGGGCUCAGGGAGCAGCGGCGAACUGCAGCAGCUCGGUGGCACCGUGAGGGAAGCACCGCGUCCCCCCGGCGAUGGAGCGCGGCGGGCCGGAGCUGCCGGCGGCCGCUGCUCCGCAGAUAGAAACAGAUGACCAAACAGCUCUGGUUAGUAAGCUGAGGAAUAAAGGAGGAAAGAGUAAUCUGGCAUCAGCUGGAUUUAACAUUAUCAACUCCAUUAUAGGAUCAGGCAUUAUAGGGUUGCCGUAUUCAAUGAAAGAAGCUGGUUUUCCCUUAGGUGUACUGCUUCUGUUUGGAGUUGCCUAUAUCACAGAUUAUUCCAUUAUAUUACUGAUCAAAGGAGGAAAUCUCUCUAGUACCAACAGCUAUCAAGAGCUGGUCAGAAAAACAUACGGUUUUAUAGGUUAUCUAAUUCUUUCAACUCUUCAAUUUUUAUAUCCAUUUAUUGCUAUGAUUAGUUACAACAUAAUAACAGGAGACACUUUAACUAAAGUUUUUUUGAGAAUUCCUGGAGUUGGUCCGGAUAAUAUACUUACAGAUCGUCACUUCAUAAUUCUUCUUACCACCAUCAUCUUUACCUUGCCUUUAUCUUUAUAUCGUGACAUAGCAAAAUUGGGAAAGGUAUCUCUUAUUUCUCUGAUUUUAACCAUUGUCAUCCUGGUUAUUGUGAUGGUGAGGACAGUAACAUUGGGACCACAGGUACCCAAAUCAGAAAAUGCAUGGAUAUUUGCAAAAUCAAAUGCAGUACAAGCCGUUGGGGUGAUGUCAUUUGCAUUCAUCUGCCACCAUAACAGCUUUUUAAUAUAUGGCUCUCUGGAAGAACCCACAUUAAACAACUGGUCCCGAAUCACACAUGUGUCUGUUUCCCUUGCUGUUGUUAUCAGUGUACUAUUUGCUGCAUGUGGGUACAUGACUUUUACAGGAUACACAGAAGGAGAUAUAUUUGAAAACUACUGUAGAGAUGACAACCUUGCUACAUUUGGGAGGUUUUGUUAUGGAGUUACUGUAAUUCUGACCUUCCCCCUUGAAUGUUUUGUUACCAGAGAGGUGAUUGCCAAUGUGUUUUUCCAUGGGAACCUCUCAACGGUUUUCCAUAUUGUUGUGACAGUAAUUAUCAUUGCUGUGGCAACUGGUGUAUCGUUGGUGUAUGAUUGCCUUGGAAUAGUUUUAGAGCUGAAUGGAGUUCUGAGUGCUACCCCACUUGUUUUUAUCAUCCCAACAGCAUGUUAUCUAAAGCUGUCCAAAGAGCGGUGGAACCAUUCGGAUAACCUCAUAUCCUGCCUGAUUCUUGUUAUUGGUGUGCUAGUGAUGACAGUUGGGUUUGUUUUGACUCUCUUGCAUCCCCAGGAAUGUAGCCAUGGAAAAGAAAUGUUCUACUGCUUCUCUAGUAAUGUUUCUUUUCACAACAGUACACUUCCCCCUUAGGUAACACACCAAUCUGAAUGAGAUCAGGUGUGUCUUCCAGCAAGCCAUAUACAUGUAUUCCAGUUUAAAGGUGCCUGGAACAAAGAUUUCAUGUUUUCCUAUGCACUAAUAAUUUUAAUCUGUUCAACUGUAUAUAUUUUAUGUUGCCAUCAUUUUUUCUGAGAAAAACUUAGUUUUUAACCGUUGAAACAAAUUUUCAGAGGUGUCUUGCAGUAGACAUUACUUGCUUAACUUGCAAACCUUCCCAAAAAGCUUAAUUUAUGGUAGUGAGUCACCAAUGCAGCUUAAAAAUUAUAGGUGAAAUGUGUAGGAAUGUAAACAUUUCCCAUGUUUAAUUGCUUUUAUUAAUUUUUAUUAAUUUUUAUUAAUUAAUUUUGUAAUGAUUAAACGUCUAUUUAUUAGCAUACCAUAGUAUUUUAUUUUUUUUUUAAGUCAUGAAAAAGCGUAUGUCUGGGUCUCUCUGUGUCUUAAACUCAUGUGGUUAAAUUGGAAAAAAAAAAAAAAAAAAAGAAAAAAAUAUUAAUUCUGUAUUUGAUUUUGCAGUAACUGUUCUCUAGUGCUGAAAGCAUCCCUUUUACUGGCUUUCCAGUUAAGGGCAAUUUUAUGUUAUAAUUGAACUGUAACUGAUAUAAUUCAACUGUAAUUGUUAAAAUUAUUGGUUUUCUUAUUAAAACAUCUUGCAUGAAUCUGUCCAUAUAGGUGAAUUUUAAAAGAUUGAGAUAAAUAUUCUCUGUACAAAUUCUAAGAUUGAUAGAGAAGAAAAUGAUAUUUGUAACAAUCACAGCUUGACUUUUACAUUCAUAACCUUACUUAGUUCUGAAACUAUACUGUAGCACUGAUACAUACCAGGCAUGUGUAGCUUGAACUUAUUUGGGAGGCUGAGGGUUUUUUUGUGAGGGUGGAUUUUUUUUUUCCCUCCUUCCCCCUGUGUUGUAAAUCUGUUAGAGAUAGAUUGGUAGUGCAAUUCUUUGAUUUCCCUAGCUAGAGUCAGCUUUGAGGGUGGUGCUUCAUCUGCUGCCCAGGCACCUGCUACUGUUACUGGAAUAUUUUCCACCAGUUUAGAUGGAACAAAAUAGCUUAUUUGGUCUUAGAUGUGUGAGUAUAUUCCCUUCUUUCCACAUGAAAUGGAGUUAAACUUAGUUAAUACUUCCUCAUGAUAGCUGCUGAAGAUGUUUCUGACAAAUCAGAAAAGACUUUUGAGCUUUUCUGUUAUUCCAAUUAUUUUAAUUUUAAUUUCUUUUGCUUGAAGUAUGUUACCUUGUUUAAAGUAUUAAUUGUAAUCUUUGUUUUUAAGUAUGAGUCAAUGGAAUAAUCUGUAGGAUGCGUUGUAGUAUUGCCUCUUCAACUUCAGAUUCUACUGAGUCUUAUCUUGAUAUUAAUUCAUGUUUACCUCUUUUUUAUGAUGGUUGAGACUUUCUAUGCCUUACUAACUUAGAAAUGAAGAUUUAAAGAAAUGUGAUGAUUUAAAUGUGAAGAUUUAAAGAAAUUGUGAUGCUUUGUAACCUGAACAUACAAAGACUAAGGUAGUAAUGGUCAGUUAAAAGUUUGUGUUGCUGGUAAAGCUUCUUUUGCUCUUAAAUUUCUUUUGCCAAAACUAAUUGUAUUCAUUUCACCAUAUAAUCAUAGAUGGCUCACUGAUUUUCGAUCAUAAACUUGCCAGAUGAAGGUGAGGCUCUCCCAGAUAUAAGUAUACUGUAAGAAGAGAAGUCAGACAUUAUGGAAAAAGUUACUUAACUGCAGUUUGGCUAAUGGCUUUAUAGAAACUAUGGUUCCUUACUAUUAUUAGUGUAACUUGUCUUUAUUGAAACUGCAAAUAAUAACCUCCUAUAUACUUUCUUAUGACCUAGGAGGUCUGAAUAAAGAAAUAAGCACCUUUUUAUUGUCACAAUAAAGCUUGUAAUAGUCAUAAUGUUUUUUGGAAACAAAACUCCCAAAGACAGAGUUGUAGCUAUCAUCAAAGGAAGUACAUAAAGCAUUUAAGGAUAUACAUAUUUAAAAAAAUUAAGUCUUAAAUAUGACAGCACUGAUAUCCCAAUGCAGUAGUAAAGAACAUUUUAACCUUAAAGGAAGCACGAUGCCAAAGAAAGUUCAACUACCUUAAAGAAUUGCUAGUUGAAUGUAUUUAAUUUUAGCUUCCAAAAUAUCGCCUUUCUUUGACUAAACAAAUCAGGCAAAAGCAGCAAUUUACAAGCUGUCAGCUUUAAUGGAGCUCACCAAGAGUGAAUGAAAGCUAGUUACAAAAACUAGUUACAGCUUGUGUUGUACUAUUGGACAGGUUUUUGCACUGAAGAGUAUGCUUCAGCUUUGUAGUUACAACAGUGGUUCAUUGGUAAGCUAGAGGCUUUUAGCAUAGUUUAUUUACCAAA